CCCACCCUUCCUGCGGUGGCCAAGAUGGCGGCGGAGGUGGAGUUCGGGGACCGCGAGCUCUUCGGGCAGCUGGAGGGCGAGCCCGGGCCGCCCUCGCCGCCCGCCCUGGAGGAGCCGGACCCGCUGCUGCAGCUCUACGAGCGGCUGCGCGACCGCGACGAGACGGUGCAGCGGCUGCGGGCGGAGAAUCAGGAACUUAAAAGGAAGCUGAGAAUUCUGACUCGUCCUAGUGGAAUCUCAGUGGAAAACCCCAAAGUUGAUGGACCACUCUUGCAGAUUUUAUUUAUGAACAAUGUCAUUACUAAGCGGUAUCAUCAAGAAAUUGAGGAUUUUAUUUAUAGUUUAGUUCAAAAAUAUGAAGAGCAGAAGAAAAGUGAACAAGAAAAAUCACACUUGAAUGCUAAGCCACAGCCCUCCAGUGUUGUUUUGGAAGAGGACUGUAAAGGAACCAGCUCAGGUUCUGCUAAAAAAGUGAAAGAAGCUUUUAGUGUUGUAGGAAGUGUUCUGUAUUUUACCAAUUUUUGUCUUGAUAAACUGGGACAGCCUAUUUUAAAUGAGAAUCCACAGCUGACAGAAGGAUGGGAAAUACCUAAAUAUCAGCAAGUUUUCAGCCAGAUUCUCUCCCUAGAUGGACAAGAAAUACAAGUAAAACCCAAAAGCAGGCCCAAACCUCACUGUUUCAAUUGUGGUUCUGAAGACCAUCAGAUGAAGGACUGCCCAAAGCCACGAAAUGCAGCUCGUAUAAAUGAGAAGAGAAAGGAGUUUUUGGAAGCUUGUGGUGAUUCGAGCAAUCAGAGUUUUCAGCAGCGUUACCAUGCAGAAGAAGUAGAAGAGAGGUUUGGAAAAUUUAAGCCAGGAGUAAUUAGUGGGGUCCUUCAGGAUGCCCUUGGUGUGACAGACAAGAGCCUGCCCCCGUUCAUUUACCGCAUGCGGCAGCUGGGCUACCCCCCGGGCUGGCUCAAGGAGGCUGAGAUGGAGCACUCAGGGCUGGCUCUGUAUGAUGGCAAAGGUGAAGUUGAAGCAGAAAAUGAGGGCUCUCCCCAGCCCAAACGUAUCACCUAUGAUGUGUCCAAGCUGGUAAAUUACCCAGGCUUUAAUAUAUCCACUCCCAGUGGGAUCCCAGAUGAGUGGCAGAUGUUUGGUUCCAUCCCCAUGCAGCCAUCUCAACAGAAGGAUGUUUUUGCUCACUACCUUUCUAAUUAUCAGGAGCCAAGUCCAAAAUCCAGCAGCAAAAGAUCUGCACCUCAGUCCAAGUCUCGUCAUUCCAAACGAGCAAGAGAAGACACUUCAGAGGCAGCAGCAGCUGACAUGGACCUGGACUCUGAUCUGGAAGGAGGACAGAGAUCUCAAACUCCCAACAAUUUUCAGUUCCAACCUCCUCUGCCACCUGGAUCUCCAUGCAUGUCCACUCCUCCCCCUGUGCCCCAUGGAACUCCCCCACUCACACCCCCUCAGCCUUCCACACCCAGCCACUCUCCCCUCCCCAGGACUGCCCCAGCACCAAACUCUGCCAGUGGCAGUCCUCAGCCCAAAAUAGUGGACUCAGUGAUGGAUGAGGAUACACUGACCCUGGAGGAGCUGGAGGAGCAGCAGAGGUUAAUCUGGGCAGCUCUGGAGCAGGCAGAGAGCACCAACAGUGACUCUGAAAUUCCUGUUGACACCCCUUUAACUGGGAAUUCCCUGACAUCAUCACCAGCCAGGAAUGAAGCAGAUCUCGUUGCAGAAGUCAGGUCACCUGAGAAAGUGAUCUCAAUGGAAACAGAGUUUUCUGACAUCAGUGAGCAGAACCCAGAAAAUGAACAUUCUCCAACCAGUCCCAAUCUAGAGGACAGUUUGCUUGACUUAAAGGAAAAUCCUGAUAAUGCAGUUUCUGAGGAUGACACCCUGCCUGCUGCCAACCCUGAGGUUAAUGAGGAGGAAAACACAGGUGGUAAUAAAGUGCCCACAAGCACUGGAUCAUCUGUGAAAAAAUCUGGACUUGUUCCUGACAUGAGCAAGUUUGCUGCAGGCAUCACACCAUUUGAAUUUGAAAACAUGGCAGAAUCAACUGGGGUUUAUCUACGGAUAAGAAGCCUGUUAAAAAAUUCCCCAAGAAACCAGCAAAAGAAAAAGACUUAAGUCUUAAUUGGUCUUUUGUUUUCUUAUAUCCAAAUCCCUUCUGUUUCCCCACCAGUUUUACAAACUCAGAUAACCUCCCUCAUCUUAUGGAAAAGAGAAAAUCUUGACAAAUGCAGGUCUGCCCUGUUCUUCCUUGGUGAAGUCAGUGCAGGUUUCCAUCUUGACCAGGACCACCAAAGCAGCCAGCAAAUGUAGAAUUUUCCCAAAUUGCAAGCUUCCACCUAAGGAAUAACAGGACUGAUGAUUUGUUAAGACCAUUUUAUUUGCCAAUACUCAAGACUCUAAAAUGCA